AUGGCUCUUUCCAAUCCUUUCCACAAAUCUGGUAGAAGUCAGGCAGUAUCACCGUCAAAUCCAUCGGAAACAAAUCAGAGACAAGAAACCCAUCCAGCACCUGUGAAUUUUUAUAAAAACCCAAAUGGCAUUAUGAACUCAACCUCACCGCUCAAAGUGAAUGUUAAUAUGAUGAACCAUAGCGACGAAGAAUUAGACAAGCGAGGCGUGUCAUUGGGAGAGCCGUUUAACUUGGUACCAUCCCCAAGCAUAUCGAGCUCGAAGAUUAAUUUUGACAAAAUCACACAAUUACCAACUCCUAUAAUUAAUAAUAACAGUGGGUCUUUUGCUAAUUUCAGUCCCCCCAAAGACCAAUAUCUUGAUAUCCAGAAGUCGCGUAAUGUGAAAACCUUAGAUACUGGUAGAGUGGUGUCUGAAUACAGGCCGAUGCUAACGGGCCAUCAAAAUUUGGAUACACAUACUCCCAGCAAAAGGUUUGUUUCCAACCCACUCAAUGAUUCUUCUGCUUCUACUGGGUCUAUUCCAGUGUCUAAUAUUCCAAGCCCACCCGAUGAAGAUCAGUCGAGGUUCUCCAAUCACCAUUUUUACUCCAUUAACCGUGAUAGAGUGUAUAAUUUUGAGGAAGAGAUAGGAUCUGGUAAUUUUAGUACCGUUGUAUUAGGAACCAACGUAGAAGAUGCUGAAGACAAGGUUGCAAUUAAAAUAAUUUCCAUUCCACUUGAAAAUAUGGAUGAAAUUUAUAAUUUUAAAUUCUUUAUAAAGAGAGAAUUAAACAUAUUGCAUAAUAUUAACCAUCCUUGCAUAAUUCGCUUGCUUGACUAUAAUUUGAACUUAAGUAUAGCGAAAUCUGAAAUUGAAAACCCACAUGCUAUUGAGAGCGAAAACGCGUCUGAAGAAGACCUUUCUUUGCAAAGAGAUAUUAAUAAUCUCAAGUCAAAUAAUGAUCAAUUAGUAUUUUUGAAGUAUUGCCCUGGUGGUAACUUGUUUCAAUUCCUGUUCGAAAACUAUAAGCCGUAUCAUGCUGAUCUAUCUUACUGGUUGAUUAUUCAAAGAAUUGUGAGUGAGAUGAUUGUCGCCAUUUCGUAUUUGCAUUUUAAUGAUAUCAUUCAUCGUGAUAUUAAAUUAGAGAAUAUUUUGCUUAACUAUAAGCUUGACGAGCUUCUGAGUAUUAGUCAAUUAGGCAAUUCAUUCGAAGACCCUGUAAUUAAUGUGACUGAUUUUGGUCUCUCGAAGAAAUUGAAGUCGUCAGACGAAUUAUUGACUACCAGAUGCGGUUCUCAAGAUUAUAUUUCGCCAGAAUUGUUAAUGGGGUUGAAAUAUGAUGGUAAGCUUACCGAUUCCUGGUCUGUUGGCGUUCUAAUUUAUGCACUUCUUGAGAAUAGAUUGCCAUUUGAUAUCCCACCUUUUACUACGUCAAGCCCUACCGGGGUAUCUCCAUCUGUCAUUAAAAGAAAAAGAGCAAAAAAUAAUGUAGCUCACAGAAUUGCUAUGAUUGAUUGGGAUUGGUUUAAGGUCACAAAUAUGUUGAACGAUUCCCUGAUAGACAAUUCUACUAAGCAAAUUUUGCUCAAUCUUAAGCAUACAGUCGAUCGUCUUUUGGUUCGAAAAGACAAAAGAACAAAGAUUCAAGAUUUACUAACCCAUCAGGAUUUUGAUUGGAUUUCUAAGUCCGUUCCUGACAGCUUUAAAUUUUAA